AUGCUACCGGACACAACAGACAAUUACGACGACGUGACUGAUCACCCGCAGUUCGCGACGACGCGGAGCGGCACGUCUAGUUUACAAUCUUCUCUUUCGAAAAGAGCCAAUUCAACAAGAAGAAGUUUGAAAGAGUUAAGUGAAGGAGUUCAACAGAGAUUUCAACCGAUUACUCACGGAAGAUCACUACAGAGGAUCACUGAGGAUGAGUCGCCCUCAACACCAACCGCCCCACCACGUCCCAAUCGUCAAGUGUAUCGAAACUCAAUAGAUCAAUCAAGUAUGAGUGAAAUACGACUAAAACAGCAGGCAUCUGAAGAAGUUGUAUCAGAAGGACAGAGAUCUAAUUGGAGUCAAUCCGUGGAGAGAAUCGAAAAUGCUUUGCAUCGGAAUUACUACACAAUUGCCUAUUCGAUUGUUAUUGUGGCGUACCUCGCCGGCUUCACAGAAUAUUUAUACUUCCGUCUGACAUCACUCAUUGCACCAGAACAUCUUGUAUUCCAUCCCCCUUGCGAAGGAAAAGCCACGAGAAAAAUUGGAAAAGAUGGAUUUCAUUACGGAAUCUCAAUAUUUGCAUUCAUCGGAAUUGCAAUCUUCCAACUCAUGUGCUUCUUUGGUCUGACAAUUUCGGAAAAAUGGACUCAAUCGAAAGAGAAUCCACGUGAAAGUAGACAAGCUGCUCAGAGAGAAGAGUUUGCUCUUUUUGUGAGAACAAUGAUUUCUUCAACUAUGUAUCGUGUAUUUUUAUGCUAUGGAAUCUGCUCUCUAAUCAAUUGUGCCAUUAUUUUCUACAUGGUUGGAAUUCAAGAUUCCCUUGGUGACGUUGUCAGCACAAUAUUCCUUUAUUUGUUCGAUGCAGUUGUUAUUCUAUAUUUCAUUGCAUUUCCAUUGACUACAGUAAUCUAUCAUCCAUAUGUCAACUGUUUUAAUCAAAGAAGAGGUGUUCCUGCUCGAUUCACAAUUCCAGAUGUUGGACCAAGAACUCAAACAUCAACAUUAGAAAGUAAUAUCAGUGGUUUAGAAGAAGCAAUGGCAAAACCAUCCGGAGGAGAUCCACCAGUUCAUCGAACAAGUCCAUCUUCAAUCCCUUCUUUGAACUUCUCUCGUCAGGAUCCUCUCCGUCAAGGACAUCGUUCGACUGGUUCAAUUUCAGCCGACAUUCCAGUUUUAGAAGAGUAUCUCCAUUCGCCACGUCGACAAUUUCCGAAGCCUCAACUUGCCGUCGAAGAAAAUUUGGAAGAUGAUCGGAUAUCAACUUUUGUUUAA